GGCAAAUCGAUAUUCCGCUCAAAUAUUGACUCCGCGAUUGUGUGUGCGGUGUGUGAACGAGCGAGAGCGCGCACGACAGAAGUCCGUCCCACCGUGCAGUUAGGCAGCGAUGCUCCUUUAAAAAGCGUUAGUGUUCUCCGAGAGUGCGCGCGCGAGUGAGAUACCGCCGCUGGAGAGACUCGCGAGAGUGUGAUAAACGCAAAGGACGCGUAGUAAAGGUGCGUAAGUCACGCCGCGCGGAUAGUCAGAUUACGAUACGUUUCGUGACGACGACGCCGACGACGAAAACGACAACGAGAAGGAGAACGACGGCGACGGGCGACGGGAGGAUUCGCUGUCGAGGAAAUAUGCUACCGCGAGCGACAACGAUGCUCUGCGGCUUGCUGGGCUUGCUGUGUGUCGGACUCACCCACGCGAGCAUCGGGUCGCCUUUCGAGUCGACACCGUCGAGCUCCUUCGGCAACGAUCAUGGAGCGCCACGACUGGAUUUGGAGAGCCUCGAGAGCGGAUAUCAUGGCCUGGUCAAGGAGAACGAAACUCUGGUCGAGGUCACACCGCAGAUCCGCGCCCUGGGAACGAAAGUUUGCUCCUUCCGCAUCGCAAACAAGCAUCACGGCGAGGCGCCGUUCGAAAUCGUUCUGAAGGAAAAGGGGAUGGCCGAGCUGCGAGCGUUCCGAGUCUUGAAUUGCGAGAAACGCCGUAAUUACAAGUUCGACAUCGCCGCGGUCGGUUGCAACGGGGCGCAAUCCGAGAACGCCACGGUUCAUAUUACUGUGGUUGACGUCAACGAGUACGCGCCGCAGUUCCUGCAACCGGCCUACGUCAGCACCGUGGACGAGGGUCGCCUUUACGAGGAGGUGGUGCGCGUCGAGGCGUCCGACCGGGACUGCACGCCGAAAUUUGGCGACGUGUGCAAAUACGAGAUUCUCACUGCCGAUCAGCCAUUCAUCAUCGACAAUGAGGGUGCGAUUCGCAAUACCGAGCCGCUUGACUACGAGCGAUCGCACAACUACAUCCUCAGCGUGGUCGCCUAUGACUGCGGCAUGAAGCAAUCCGCGCCGGCGAUGGUGACGGUCAAGGUGAACCGCGUGUGCGCCCCCGGUUGGCGAGGCAUUCCCGAGAGGGUCGACUACGCCGCUGGAGUUGGGGCGCAACCUCUUCUUCCGUCGGCGAGACUUGAUCUUUGCGACGCGCCCUGCAUCUUGCGCAACGUGCGCGCCACCUUGACUCUGGCGACCGACCACAUCGGCAAAGGUUGCGACCGCGACACUUACGGGGUUCGCAGUCAGCGAAAGUUGUGCGGCGCUUCGCGAGAUAGCGUGGAUCUGCUGCCUACACCUGGACCUACGACCUCCUGGACGGCGUCCUUAUCGAGGGACGAAGGUAGAGAAGCGGAUGAGAUUUUCGAGUUCGACGGAGUGGAUUCGGCCGCUAUCGUGCCGAACGAUGUACUCGAACACAGUUUAGCGCAGAAGUUUACCAUCGGCGUCUGGGUGAAACACCGACCGCGUCCGCGACAAGAUCCGCAUAUCAAAGAGCACAUCCUGUGCGCUGCCGACGAUCACAAGAUGAAUAGGCACCAUUACGCCCUGUUCAUAAGGAACUGCAGAUUGAUUUUGCUGUUGCGACGCGACUUCUCCGAGGGCGAUCCCAAUAUCUUCCGCGCUGCCGAGUGGCGUUGGAAGAUCGGCCAGGUGUGCGACGACAAGUGGCAUCAUUACGCGAUCCAGGUGGAUUUCCCACGCGUCGGCCUGUACAUCGACGGUGAAGAAUGGCGCGCCGAUGAGAAAAAUCCCGAAGUCAUUGACGACUGGCCUCUACAUCCUGCCAAAGGCGUCAACACUACUCUCGUAGUGGGCGCUUGCUGGCAGGGAUCCGAAAACAAGACCAAACAUCACUUCCGCGGCUAUCUCGCCGGUUUAUCCGUCCUGGUCGGUCGUAACGAGAAACCGGAAGUGCUCUCGUGUCUGCGACGUUGCCAAGAAGGCAUCCACGUGCCGCCGAUGGACCUAUUGCAACCGGGUACUCAAUUGUUGACCAACUCCGACUUAACGGAAGUGCGCAUCGACGGCGACAAUCGUACGAACGUCGAGACUCUGCUACGUCGCAUCGGCUAUUCGAAUUCUCGGCGUUUCCCAACACCUGGUCGUCGUAAUUUCCGUCUCGACACGACGAUUGUCUGCGAGGGCAGCGAGGACACACCUCUUCCGAUACCGACCGUGCAAUCUUACGUCACUGUAUUGCCUCCUCCUCGACCAGGUAUUACUGUUAACGGUACUGGCUAUGUAGCCAGAGAAUACGCAGAUUUCCGGCUGGGAGUUCGCGUGUUCCCGGACGCGCGCGUCACCGCAGGAUCGGCUGCCCGACUGGACGCCUGCGCCGUCAGCGUUUAUCCGAGCCUCAAUCCCGAUCAUGAGAGUCUUGGAUUACCUGGUGACGCUUUGCUCUCAUUCCACGACAUCGCCGCCCGCGUCGACCGCGACGGUGUCGUUCUCUCGGGUGCGGAUUCGCCUUACAAUUACCAGCAACUCAUUCGUCUCAUCAUGUACACGAACCGUAAACCGGCUUAUUAUCUUGAUCGUGUCUUCAAGCUCACUUGUUCCGAGCUGAGCGGACGUUUCGCCAGCAACGAGUACGUGCAAACGUUGGCCGUUAUUCAUCCCAAAGAAAAGACGACCGUUCUGCCUCAUACAACGCCCGGGGAACCACCCAUUGCCAAGAUCGUCGAGCCGGCACCGGGUCACGCGCAGCUCUCGCCGCAUCACGCCGAUCUGAUGGAGGAAUACGCAACGGCCGCGCUUCGUGAAGGCAGCAGAACCGUCGGCGGCGCUAGCGGCAGCCACGCCGUGACCAUUGUCGCCGCAGCCUGUAUCGGCUUCCUGCUGCUGAUGGCAGUGGUAGGCGCCGCACGAGUUCGUGGAGCGGCCAAGCGACGACGAUCCGCCGGCGACGAACUCGCCGCCGAAACGGAGAUGGCUUGGGACGACUCGGCUCUUGCCAUCACCGUAAACCCAAUGGACAGGUUGACGGAGCACGAUCAGCACCACCAGAGCCAACGGGACGAAGAUGUAGACGACUCCGGCAGCUCCGACUCCGAGGACGGUUCGUUCCGGGACGAUGACCUCGACAGCUCCGACUGUGAAAACGACUGCGAACUCAGCAACGGCCGACACCGCCGUCACAACUCGCCGCACGAUUUGGAGUGGGAUCAUCGUGACGUUUAAAUCACACUACCUAUAUUCACACUGAGCAUUCACACAUCCCCCUUUCUUCGCGUGGCAUUGAGAGGAGUACUGGUCGCGUGCCGCUUCUUUUCGCAAAAUCGUACAUCCGAAUACGCUUGAACGUGUUUCGGAAGUAUUUCCGCUAAGAAGAUUCUUCACGCGAAACGGUUCGCGCUAUUGGCAGAUUUCACUUCGCGAGAAUAAAAAAUAUCGGAUAAUUAUCUAUCGGAUAAAAUUUCUCGUGUUGAACGCGUUUUGUUCGAUAUUUCUCGAAGGUUUGUUCCUCGUGCAUCAGAUAUCACGACGCGUCGUUAAAAAAUUAGGAUAUUUACUACUACACUUUUGAAUUUUCAGAAUCUAGAAUAGAAAAAAAAAAAAAAAAAAAAAAGAUUUAACGUUCUAAGCUGCUCCGCAUACCGCUCGAUCGAUUCUCUCUAAAAACGAUUCUUAAUCCCUAUAAUUGCAUACGCGAGAGCGUUAUCGUCUAUUAUAUCCGUCCCCUUCUUCAAACAGACGUCGUCGGUGUAAUUAAAAAUAAAAAAAACGGCAUUCAGUUGGUACUCGUCUUAAGCGCCAGGUUAAAAAAGAAAAAAAAAAUAUCUGUAAGAGUGCGGGACGCUUUAUCGAAUAGUUAAAACUCUUUCUACCUACGAAAAACACACGUCGCUGAUGUUUGGUAGAAUCGGAGAUACACGCAAGAGAUACUUAAGCUCCGCCGAGAAUAUUCUUUUUCGAUGGGGAUAUUUAACGGCAGUUAAUUAAUUUAUAUUCUUGACUCAUCAUUGGUAGAGCAGUAUAGUAGGACAAGGGGACUUUUUUUUAUACUCCUAUAUCUUUCCUCCUUUUUACUCUAUCCUACGGAUUAUUGCUAUUUUAUUAUUAUACUCGUACUAACGCUACGACUAUAUCCAGCUACUUUUACCGAUAGUUGUUUUCGUUAUUUUAUUAUUAUUAUUAUUAUUAUUAGUAAUAAAAUAGACAGGACGGCCCGGUAGCGUAGUUUUUAAUGAAGAAACAGCGCUGAGCCGACUCUAUAUUCUUCCUCAUUCUCUAAACUCUUUUACAUAAGGCCCGCAUACAUUUGAUCUCAUGAAUGUAAUUUGCAAUAAUUGUGUCUUUCGUAUUUUGAUCAAAAAAAAAGCGCUCGCUCGCGCGAUACGCGAGAUACGCGAGGUAAAAAAAACGUGAACACGGCGGCAGAACGCGCUUGGUAAGAAUAUGAAGUCAAAACCACUCGCUUCGGUGUAAAGCACACGCGAAACGGGCUGAGCCUGGGCCAUAAAACGAUACUUGCCCGAGAGUUUCCAGUUUUACUUUUUAAGUUUAAAUACAUACGUUACAUACGCCUUCUCGAUCGGUUUUUGCACAAUGUUCCUUCCUGAUUGAUCUGCAAGAAGAUUAAAGAAAAAAAAAGAAAAAAAGAAGAAAAAAACACACAGUAGUAAGGACUUGCCACGCAUCCUAUGAUAGCGCUUCAACGUUAAAGUAAUCGGCAUAGCAUCAUAUCCGUAUAUGUGUGUGCGCGCGCGCGCAUGCGAAAAGCGGCCGCCUUUAGAAGAGGCGUACCGACCGUACAGAGAGAAAAGUGUCUUUUUUAACGAACACUUCGAAGGAAACCAAAUAUUUGACAAGAGUCUACGCGCGAGCCGGUUUGCUUCAUAUGUUACGUAAUUUUUGUCUGAUAUAAAUAUUCAUGUCUAAUUAAUUGCAAAAUUAUUUGACACGUGAAGAAUCGCGGCUUGACACGUGAAUUUCUCUUUCGCGCGGUUUUUUUCGAAAAUUAAAAAAAAAAAAAAUUUGUAAUUUUCCUACAAGUGUUCAACGACUAACGGUGGGUAUCGUAAAACGCUGUUUAUGUGCGCGCGACACGCACGUGUUCUAUACAUACACACACAUAUAUAUAUGCAAGCGUCCAUUCAUUAUUCUGUGGUGAGAGUCUCGUCUCGAGGAGAUGAUUAUUCUAAAGUAAUGCGCAGCGGCUGGAGGAGCCAUCGAGCAUGCUUCUCUCGUUUAUUUUCCCAACACGCAAGACGCGUCAUAUUGUGCAAUUGCUCUUUUCACAGAGAAAACUGAUUUUUACGUGCCUUUUAAGCAGCAGUAGUACACACGUGUUGAAUUCUCUGCUCGUAUGUAUAUUUUAAUAGCAAAUCUCUCUCAUACCGCGUUUUUUCGUCAGUCGUCCCGUCGACGUCGACGGGCACUGCUCUGUGUAUUGUUAUAUCAAAGAACUUUUUGCAAUAACGCAUGAAAACCACGGCGAUUUUCCGAUUGAAUUUUCACGCGCGUGCGAGGCACCAACAGAGCCUUUUCUAUCGUGUAAACUUGUUUACAUUCGCCGCGCGCUUUUUCAGUUCCCACGUCCGACACGCGCCAUUGCGAAAAGUUCCGAUUGUAUUUUAGACGUUUAUCGUAAAACGGGCUGUUUAGGAGUUAAGAAUUGGACGCGUUCAACGGACGCCGUCGUGCUCCCGCCGGAUGACGUUUCCGCGCGGAACGCGCGUCGUCGUCGUCGUCCGGCGGACCUGUCACGAGUCGCGACACACAAUGCCUGUCGAUGGUCUUUCGCGUCGGAAAACGCGUCACACACGUGCAAUGAUCCCAUCGCAAGGUACAUUAACUCUCUCUCGCACUCUCUCUCUCUUUCGUCGCCGAAAUGGUGACACGACGACUGCGCAUUCGAUAUCGCAUAUAUACUCGCCGCGAAGUAAUGAACGGAUCCCACCUCCCGUGUGUGUGUGUGUGUAUGUGUGUGUGUAUAUGUCUGUGUGUUUGUCUGUGUCCUGCGUAUAAAUCUAGAAUUAUACCGAAUCGUUCGGCGGAGGCACCUAGUACCGAAGAGAACUCGUGUACGGAUAUAUCUAUAUUCAAAGUAUAGGGAACUAUAAUGAACAAUUUAUUUUUCCAACGAGCAUAUCAUAUCAUUUUUAUAAGGGGUUCGUCGACAAAAAAAGAAAAAAAAAGAGAGAAAAGAAACGUUUUUUGGAAAACACGUUUUUUCGUCAACGAGCGAUUCCGCGACGGCAAAAUUCCGCGGUCGCGAAACGUACGCCACUUUGCCAUAUACAAAAUGCAGUUUGUUUCUCGAUUCCCGAAGAGUGUAGCAAGUUUCUUUUUCUUCUCAUAUACCUAUAUAUAUAACUCUCUCCGUUCCGCGACGGGGAGGUUCGACACGUAACGAUACACCCUCUCUUACGCAUUUCUCCGACUCGCGCGCGAUACAUAAAAUAUAUAUAUAUAUAUAUGUGUAUAUAUAUAUAUAUAUAUAUACACACUUCGAUAUCGAGGAUUUGGGUUAUUCCAAAGCGGAGGUCGAUGACUAUAAGAAUAAUAAAAAGAAAAAAAAGACAGAGAGAGACGUGUAUAAUCGUUUAUCUGUUCCUGAUAACACCAGAGAUUGCAUAUACACUUAUACAUAUAUUACAUAUAUACGUAAAAAAAAAACAAAAUAUACCGGUGUGUACGCUUGCUUUUGUACUGUUUUUUCUUUUCUUUCUAGAGUUUUUCUAACGUGACGUUUAUUACAUUGUGCAACGCGAAUAUCUUAUCGUAAUGUAAUCUCGUAUUUUAUAAAGAUCGCAAACGUCACUAUAUUAUUGAAAUAAAAAAAUCAACCGAGAUAUAUAUUUCGACAAGUGAAUUUGGAAAUUUUUUCGCGGAAAUAAUCGAGCGAAGUCAAGAAAAGGAUCUGGCCUUUUAACAAGUGUGUCUAAAUUAGCUUACGUAAAUGUAUGUACACACGCGCGUUUGUAUGCUUAAAUUAUGAAGUAUGAGAGAGUUCGUAAGUUCACGGUGGUGGAUUAUACAAUGGGUUUAUAGGAGGGAUGAAAUUUCUAUUUCGUUUGAUCGUCAAAUUCAUCGUGAUAUCCACCCACUUCGAAGCGGGUGUAUCACGAUGUUGACGCAACAAAGUCAGAAGGAAGCGUGCAAAAAAAAAAAAAAAAAAAACAAUCGGAGCGGAAAA